GCCGAUCUCAUCACUUCCCUCGCAAUCGCCGCAUAUUCGCAUACGCUUUCCUUGAUCUGUUCGGUCGCUUGUAGCUGUUGUGAAGUCUCGGCCCAUAUCGGGAACGAAACCUGAAGAACUUAGAGGUUGAAAAAAAGGAAAAAAAAAAUCCAAGGGAAUCGGAGGGAAGUCAUGGAGAGUUCUUCGGAAUUGGUUCCCUUUCCUCUGUUGAUGACUCCGAUCGAAUCGAAUUAUAGAGCUUGCACGAUUCCUUAUAGAUUCCCUUCUGAUAAUCCUCGAAAGCCGACGCCCACAGAGCUGUCCUGGAUCGAUCUUUUCUUAAAUUCGGUUCCAUCUUUCAGGAAACGAGCAGAAAGUGACACUACGGUCCCUGAUGCUCAUAUUAGAGCAGAAAAAUUUGCUCAAAGGUACUCAGAGGUACUUGAGGACUUCAAGAAAGAUCCCGAAAGUCACGGUGGACCUCCUGAUUGCAUUCUUCUUUGUAGGCUUCGUGAGCAAUUGCUCAGAGAAUUAGGAUUCAGAGAUAUAUUCAAGAAAGUUAAGGAUGAAGAAAAUGCUAAAGCCAUCUCGCUUUUUGGGGAUGUUAUUCGACUUAAUGAUACCAUUGAAGAUGAUGAAAAACGUGCAGAGAACUUGGUUAGGGGAAUUUUUGCAGGAAACAUAUUUGAUCUAGGAUCUGCACAGCUUGCAGAGGUUUUCGCUAAGGAUGGAAUGUCCUUUCUGGCCAGUUGUCAAAAUCUUGUGCCUCGACCUUGGGUUAUUGAUGACUUGGACAAGUUUAAGCUCAGAUGGAGUAAAAAGUCUUGGAAAAAGGCUGUAAUUUUUGUUGAUAAUUCUGGUGCAGAUGUCAUCUUGGGAAUCCUGCCUUUUGCCAGAGAGUUACUUCGACGUGGUACACAGGUUGUUUUAGCCGCUAAUGACUUGCCUUCAAUCAAUGAUGUAACCUACCCUGAACUCAUCGAAAUUAUUGCAAAGUUGAAGGAUGAGAACGGGCAGCUCAUGGGUGUUGACACUUCGAAUCUUUUGAUUGCCAAUUCUGGUAAUGAUUUGCCGGUUAUUGAUCUUACAAGGGUGUCACAAGAGCUUGCUUACUUGGCAAGCGAUGCAGACCUGGUUGUCCUCGAAGGGAUGGGCCGUGGGAUAGAAACAAACCUUUAUGCCCAAUUUAAAUGCAACUCUCUCAAGAUUGGAAUGGUGAAGCAUCCAGAGGUUGCUCAGUUCUUAGGAGGAAGGCUCUACGAUUGUGUCUUCAAGUACAAUGAAGUUUCGAUUUGAUUAGACAUUACUUCUUUUCCAAUAUUUAUCACUGUUAUUCUUACAAUUAUUAAGGAGAUGACUAUUGGUUGGAGAAAUAGCAGGAGACAACCUGAGUCUGUAAAACAUUGACAACAAAGGAGGAAACUGGAAACACAAAGUCAUGGUUUUGGCUAGUUUUAUUGAAAACGAACACAGCAGAUUACACUUUCACCAA